CCGUGAUCAGCCAGUGGUCCGGUGCCUCGGUUCCGUCCCCGCUUCCGCAUUGUUGGGGAGCUCAGCUAUAAAUAAGCUCCACGUCUCCAGGUUCGGACUUCUAUAAUCGGCCAGAAGACAACAAUCAACAUGGCGGCCAAAAUUGUACUCCUGCUUCUAAGCAUAUCUGUUUUCUAUACUAUAUUCCACUUUGCCGAGAUCAAUGGUGCGCAGAAACUGUCGCUUGGGGCGAUCGAUUCGAAGAAGCUGCCUGGAACCAAUGAGCCGUUGAGGACUGUAUAUACGGGCGUCGAAUCAAUCGAUGGACUGCUGACCGUUUUGACGACUUUCUUUUGGCCGUUGGCCGAUGCCAGCGAUCCGGCUCUUUUCCUGCAUUCCAUCGGGUUCUCCGGAACGUUUGGCUCCGCCUGGGUCUUGGUGACUUUGGAGUCUUGGAGGAAGGGAAAUUCUUGGACUUUUGCUGCCUUUCCCAUGAUCUUCGGCCUCGUGGCCCAAGUCCUCACGUUCGCUUUUGCGACGCCCCUGUACUGCAUUAUCCAACUUCUCACGUCGGCCACGGCGCGCAAACCAAGCUUUGAAACCAUCAAGGCCCCUCGCGCUGUGCUGAAUGCUCUCCCUUUCAUCUUUAUCCUGGGUUACGUGGUGCCGUCGGCGCUCAUGACCCUCCCACGCUCAGAAACCAUCACCGCGGACUUGAAGCAAAUCUUUAUCGCCGCGUGGCAACCCUGGCCCGCAUAUGUCGCGAUUCUUUCAACCGUCGUGCAUCUCGUGUUGUCUCCGUUCGUUGCGGAUGACCAAUCUGCCGACAGCGGACGCGCGACAUUGCGUGCUCUUCGACGCGUCUAUGCCUUUGCUUUUGCGAAUACGGCCAUUACGCAUCUCAUUUCUUGGGUUGUAACGUUGGCCACGGUCAUCUCUCCGGCUAUCGUGGAUGGUCAAUACCGAGAGCUGCUCCACCCGCUCAGGGUGCAUGAGAUCCCGCUUCCGUGGGCAACGCCGCUCCUGCAGGUUGAAACGCUCGCGGAGGGAGUCCAUGCGUUCCUCCGGUGGGACUAUUUGAUUGGAUCGGCGGGGGUGUUGGUCUGGUCGAUUAGUUUGUAUAAGUCGGCUCAUUUGACGGCCUAUGGCCGCGUGGGAUGGUUUGGUUUGGUCGUGAAGACGGUGUUGUUGAGUGUGUUUGCGGGUCCGGUGGGUGCGGCGGUCGAGUUGAUGUGGGAGAGGGACGAGCUGGUUUUUAAUGAGUUGGGGGGAUUGAAGAAGGAAGUGUCGAAGCAGAAGAAAUCAAGCUAAUUGUACUCAUCGGGUAGCUGCGGUUACCAUAUAGUAGGAUAAAGAGUGG